GGUUCAGCUCGCUGUAUGAAGUCCAGAGUCAUAAUCGCCCUGCAGCACACAGAAGAUUAGCUGAGUCAUUGGGGGCGUGCAAGUCUACAAAGAGAGUGCCGAGGGACUCACACUCACUCUGCACCGCCUGUCCCAAGGGCUCUGGAUGCAGAGUGCCAUAGGUCUGCUGCUUGAAGACAGCUCAAGGGGCCAGCGUUGAACCCUGGUGGACAGCAGAGUGUGCUGGGAUAAUUCCGUCCAGGAAAAGAAAGCAGGAGCUUCUACCCACAAGGAAAGCAACAGCGGCGUUUUCGGCCUCUCCCAGCUGCAGUCAGAGUCAUGUGGCUGGAACUCCUCCUGGCCUCCGUGCUGGGCCUUGUCAUCUACUGGUUUGUCUCCCGGGACAAGGAGGAAACCUUACCUCUUGAAGAUGGCUGGUGGGGCCCAGGGUCGAAGCCCUCAACCAGAGAAGAUGAGAGCAUCCGACCUUUCAAGGUGGAAACAUCAGAUGAGGAGAUCAAGGACUUACACCACAGGAUCGAUGGCUUCCGGGCAUCGCCGCCUUUGGAGGGCAGUCGCUUCCACUAUGGCUUCAACUCCAGCUACCUGAAGAAAGUGGUGUCCUACUGGAGGAACGAGUUUGACUGGAGGAAGCAGGUGGAGAUCCUCAACCAGUACCCUCACUUCAAGACCAAGAUUGAAGGACUGGACAUCCACUUCAUCCACGUGAAGCCUCCCCAGCUGCCCUCGGGCCGCACCCCAAAACCCUUGCUGAUGGUGCACGGCUGGCCCGGCUCCUUCUAUGAGUUUUACAAGAUCAUCCCGCUGCUGACUGACCCCAAGGCUCACGGCCUGAGUGACCAGCAUGUGUUUGAAGUCAUCUGUCCCUCCAUUCCUGGCUAUGGCUUCUCAGAAGCAUCCAGCAAGAAAGGUUUCAAUACGGUGGCCACUGCUAGGAUCUUCUACAAGCUGAUGUCGCGUCUGGGCUUCCAGAAAUUCUACAUUCAAGGCGGGGACUGGGGGUCCCUCAUCUGUACCAACAUGGCCCAGAUGGUUCCCAACCACGUGAAAGGCCUGCACUUGAAUGUAGCUUUCAUUACAAAAAAUAUCUACUCCAUGACCCCUCUCCUGGGCCCGCGUUUUGGGAGAUUUCUUGGCUACACUGAGAGGGAUAUCGAGCUGUUGUACCCCUUCAAGGAGAAGGUUUUCCACAGCAUCAUGAGGGAGAGUGGCUACCUACACAUCCAGGCCACCAAGCCAGACACCGUGGGCUGUGCCCUGAACGACUCGCCUGUGGGCCUGGCUGCCUACAUCUUAGAAAAGUUCUCCACCUGGACCAAGUCAGAAUACCGUGACCUGGAGGAUGGAGGUCUGGAGAGGAAGUUCUCCCUGGAAGAUCUUCUGACUAACAUCAUGAUCUACUGGACAACAGGAACCAUUGUCUCCUCCCAGCGCUUCUACAAGGAGAACAUGGGCCAGGGCAUCAUGGUCCAUAGGCAUGAAGGGAUGAAGGUCUUUGUGCCCACUGGCUAUGCUGCCUUCCCUUCAGAGCUACUGCACGCUCCAGAAAAGUGGGUGAAGGUCAAGUACCCCAAGCUCAUCUCCUACUCCUACAUGGAGCGUGGGGGCCACUUUGCUGCCUUCGAGGAGCCCAAGCUUCUGGCCCAGGACAUCCGCAAGUUCGUGUCCCUGGCAGAGAGACAGUGACAUCCUCCGGGAUCAACCACACCCUCAGCAGCGGCCCUGGCACCCCCCACCCCCGUCUCCCUUCAGUAAGAUGCUCCCUUUCUGAGGAGUGAGCUUACAUUUUUGUGCCCUGCAGGCUCCAGGAGCCUGGGUGCAAGCCUCCACCUCUCACCACCCCCACUUUAGGUCACAGACUUUAAAGUACAAGGCCACUUGAGGGCUGGAGAGAUGGCUCAGAGGUUAAGAGCACUGGCUGCUCUUCCAGAGGACCUGAGUUCAACUCCCAGCAACCACAUGGUGGCUCAUAACCAUCUGUAAUGAGAUCUGGUGCCCUCUUCUGGAGUGCAGGCAGACAUGCAGGGAGAAUGCUGCACACAUGAUUAAUGAAUAAAUAAAUAAAUCUUAGAAAAAAAACACAAGGCCACUUUAAGAACCAGGUGCCCCAGCUCUGGAGAGAUCUAGCCACGCCUCCUACAGAGGAGGGGCAGUGGGGGGAGAGUUAACAACUCUAUCCUCACAGCUGCUCCCUCCACCAUCGCUGUGGGCAAGCAACCCCUGCUGCCAAGACCCAAGGCAACUUUGAAUUUUGAUUUCACUCUUACCUGGUGCCUUCUUGCCCCCCUGACUCCUAGCACUCAAGCUAGAACCUUCCCCACUUGCAAAGAACUCCCUCUAAGAACC